GGCGUUUUUUUUUUCUCUCUCCCGGGUUAACUUCGCGAGGCGUUAAGCCUGCGGUCUCACGUCGCACGCGUUAAUUGCCGCUUGCCGUCGUAGAGAGCUAUGCAGCUAGAGCACUGCAUCUCGCCAGCUCUCGCGCUCUCCAAGAAAUGUUUGAGUGUGGGCAGUGGCUACCCAAACUCAGAAGGUUCUGAUCUCGCCUUGCACGGCCAUCCUAUUACAUCUGCUCGUGACAACCUGGAGAGAAGUUCACCCCUGAAAAAAAACUCCGCUGGGAUGACGAAUCAGUCAGAGGCGGACAAUUUUGCCGACUCUAAGGACUCGUCGGGAGACGUGCAGAGAGGCAAACUCUCUCCAGCGCUCGACGGAGUUGCUGACAUUCGUCACAACUUCGAUGGAUCUGCUGGAGAAAGGUAUCUCCUGUCACAGUCCAGCCAAACUCAGCCUCUCUCCGCCAGCCCUGCCGCCAUGUUCCCCUACCCCAGCCAGCACGGACCAGCGCACCCGGCCUUUUCCAUCGGAAGCCCGAGUCGCUAUAUGGCGCAUCAUCCUGUCAUAACGAACGGAGCUUACAACACUUUGUUGAGUAACACUUCUCCACAGGGCUACCCGAGUGCUGCCUACCCUUACACUCAGCAGUACGGCCACGCGUACCAAGGUGCCGCUUUCUACCAGUUCAGCUCGGCGCAGGCAGGAUUGCUUCCCGGGAAAGCACAAAUCUACCUGUGCAACAGGGCGCUAUGGCUCAAGUUUCAUCGACAUCAGACCGAGAUGAUUAUAACCAAGCAAGGACGACGAAUGUUCCCGUUUUUAAGUUUUAAUAUAUCCGGCUUGGACCCGACAGCUCACUACAACAUUUUUGUUGAUGUGAUUCUGGCGGAUGCGAACCACUGGCGCUUUCAGGGAGGGAAAUGGGUUCCGUGUGGCAAAGCGGACACCAAUGUGACAGGAAACAGAGUGUACAUGCACCCGGAUUCUCCCAACACGGGCGCACACUGGAUGCGCCAAGAGAUUUCGUUUGGAAAAUUGAAGUUAACGAACAACAAAGGAGCCUCGAACAAUACUGGACAGAUGGUGGUGCUUCAGUCUCUGCAUAAAUACCAGCCACGGCUUCACGUGGUGCAGGUGAAUGAAGACGGAACAGAGGACACGAGUCAGCCUGGUCGCGUGCAGACCUUCACCUUUCCCGAAACUCAGUUUAUCGCCGUCACGGCCUAUCAAAAUACAGACAUUACACAGCUAAAAAUUGACCAUAAUCCAUUUGCAAAAGGAUUCCGGGACAAUUAUGACACCGUCUACACAGGUUGUGACAUUGAUCGCUUGACGCCGUCCCCGGGUGAGUCUCCGCGCUCUCAGCUCAUGCCGAGUGCGCGCUACGCCGCCAUGCCGGGCUCUUUCCUGCAGGACCAGUUUGUCAGCUCGUAUGCCAAGUCCCGCUUUCACCCUGGCGUCGGUGGCGCUCCUGGCACGGACCGCGGCGUCCCGCUCGGCAACAGCUUGCUUUCGCCGCAGCAAACCGACGAGACCGCGGUGGGCUCCCCGCAGCGCUGGUUCGUCACCCCGGCCAACAACCGACUGGACUUCGCCGCCACGGCGUACGACGCUGCCGCCGCGGCCGAUCUCGCGGGCAACGCGGCCACGCUGCUCUCGUACGCGGCCGCCGGAGUCAAAACUCUCCCACUGCCCGCGGCCGGCUGUUCUAACCGAGCCUUGGGUUACUACAGCGAGGCGACGGCGUGGGGAGCACGCACUCCGCCUCAGUACUGCGGUAAAUCCGGUGCUGUGCUCCCCUGUUGGCCCACCAACUCAGUCCCUGCCCGGGCGGCGGCUGCGGGUUACCUGGUCGGUCUGGACGAGGGCGACCCUACCGCACCCGAGAGAUCCCCGCUUGGCACAAACGACGACGCCAAACCCAAGGACCUGUCCGAGUCCAGCUGGAUAGAGACGCCCUCCUCAAUUAAAUCGAUCGACUCGAGCGAUUCGGGCAUUUUCGAGCAAGCCAAGCGGAGGAGGAUCUCUCCAUCUGCCACGCCGGUUUCGGAAACAGCAUCUCCGUUAAAAUCUGAAAUGCUAACGCCCAGGGAGUGCGAGAAGAACUGCUCCAAGGACAUUGGCUACUACAGCUUCUAUUCACACAGUUAGACACUGGAACAAGUCGUAACGCAGAGCAUGGCUCCUGCCAUGACAAGUUCAAAUAAUAAUGCGAUUCAUAUUGAUCUAUUUAUUCAUAUUUUAUUUUGGCUAUUUAUUUAUCUAUUUAUUCGUGCAUUUAUUUGUAUAUUUAGAUCUAUUAAGCUACGCGGCCUAUCAUUCCUUUUAAACUUAGUAACAGGUUUAUAAUUUCCUUUGCAUUUGUUGGAAACACCACUGUAACUAAAUGAUGUAUAUACCUGUGUAGACAUCCGUGGUUUCUCAUUACCUGUUGAUGUACAGUAUGUAAAAUGGCAGAAAUAUUAGAUGCUUGGUGCGAUGUUUUUAGAUGAAAUCAGGUUGUUUUAUCUUGGAAAUGCUUUAGGUUGGAAGAGAAGUGGUUAGGCCCAGUCUGUUUUCUCCGAUAAAAAGGAGACGUCAGAUAGGGACCACUCAGAGUUCCAAACAGUCAGUAGUUCAGUGUUAAUAGAGACCAAACAGAGUUGUAUUGCAUUGUAUUGCUGUUGUUUGGAAAUAUAUUAGUCUGUAGUUUAAUUGUUGCUCUCUACGUGAGACCAUUUUGUACUUCGUUGUAACGCUGUUGGUUGGCCGCGAAUAAUGAAAUCAAAUCCUUGAUAUUUAAAUCCAUGAUAUAAGGAAAAACAACACAUUACUUGUACAGGGCAGGUGCCAUUUCUUAAAGGAGACAUUAUUUCCGACAUUCGACAUAUUUUUGUGAUUUAUUGUGAUUUUUUAAAAUAAUUUCAUAAAUCCCAAGACGCGUCAGUUAGACAUGCUAUGAAAAGCUAAUGUCAUUGUGCUGUGCUCAUUUGCAAUAAAUACCCCAAACUGUUAGUAAAACAGCCUUCAAAUUUUAA